GGCGAUCAUGCAGCCACAACCGGACGUGACGUCAGCAGCGCCGUUGAUUGUCGCUGCUCUCGGACCCACGGCGGGAUUCGGCGUCGGUUGUUCAGGCUCGGUUCUCAGAGUCGAGCCCUCUUCGUUUCAGGUGGCGCUCCGUGUCUGAAUGGGGGACAGCGAUGACGAGUUUGACCGGAGGAGGCGGGACAAGUUCAGGAGAGAGAGGAGCGACAUGGAGCGAUCGAGAGAGCGCGAGGAGAGGAGGAGGGAUGACUGGCCGGACAGGGAGUGGGACCGCAGCAGAGAACGGAGGAGGGACUAUGAGCGCGGCCGCAGAGAGAGGUUCUCCCCCCCCAGGCACAUGAGCCCCCAGCACAAACGCAUAAGGAGAGACUGGUGGGUACCCCUGUUCUCCACUUCUGGACGGGUCCAGUCGACCCGUCUGCUGUGUUAUAGAAGAGAAAGAACGUGAAACAAUGAACGUGAA